GUUGGUGUUGAUUAUCUAAUAGGAAUUUUAAAAAUAUAAUGGCUAAUUAUUCUGUAACAUUAAUAGUAAUGUAAUUCAUUAUAAAAUGAUAAAGAAUUAUAAUUUACAUGUCACUUAUAUUUAAUUCAUUUUGCUUGCUAGUAAGUAGAGCAAAGUUUUCAUUCCAUAGGGUUUGUUUAAUCAGCAAACAUGAUCAAAGACUUCGGAAAAUCAAUAAAAUUGGUUAUUGUCGGACUUCAUCUAGCCACACCAUGAGUUCUUCAAAUUCAAGCAAAGUUUUUGAGGGCAUAGUAGAUAGAUUCAAAGGUAUUACUGUAGAUUCACAAAAAGAACAAUGUGAAGAUCAGGAAUUUACGGAAAAACUUAAAGAUUCUCUAAAAGCUUGGACUGAAAAUGGAAACAGAGGAAUCUGGUUCAAAGUUCACCUUAGUCAGUCUGAUUGGGUACCAGUUUUGGCCAAGAAUGGCUUUAAGUUUCAUCAUGCCCAGGAGGACUAUGUUAUGAUGGUAUAUUGGUUGCCUAAAUCAGAAAGUAAUAACAUUCCCCAUUAUGCUCAUACUAUGGUAGGUGUUGGAGCCGUAGUUAUUAAUGAUGAAAACCAAGUGUUGGUAGUUAAAGAGAGGUACUAUCCUCAUAGUCUACCUCAUUACAAACUACCAGGAGGAUACGCAGAACCAGGUGAAAAUAUUGUAGACACAGCAAUACGUGAAGUAUACGAAGAAACCAACAUAAAAACGAAGUUUGAGUCAGUGUUGACUCUAAGGCACGGUCAUGCAGGUAUGUUUAGAUGUUCAGACAUCUACAUAACCGUUCACCUAAAGGCACUGACGACAGAUAUAAAAAAAUGUGAUAGGGAACUUAUGGAAUGCAAAUGGAUGGAUGUGCCAGAAUAUUUAGAACAUCCCCAUAUACACGAAUUGAACAAGUUCUUCGUUAAGAAGUAUUUGGAAUAUGAAGAAAGGGGUAUCAAGCUCAACUGCUUCCAUGGGAUUCACCAGAUUCUUAAAAAACCAUAUACGGUGUACUCUAUUACAAAUAGGGAAUUAGAAUUUACUGAAAACCAUGUAGAUAUUUCGAAACAUUAAGAGAAGAUUAAAUUCGUUAGGUUUCAUGGGCCACAUAUUAGUAUUUAGAAUUUUAUACCAAAAUUUAAAGACAUUUUAAUAUAAAUUAUUUUAAUUAGGCCAUGCACACAAAAGCGAACAAUAGUUUCAUGUUCUUUUGCUCAUCUGAAAUAUAUUUAAUUGUGGUCAUAGAACUGUGGGAUGGAGUCUGUUAAAAUUGCGUUUUGAAAAUGUGUGAAAAGAAAUCAUUAAAAAAUCUACUGAAACCAUCUACAGGGUGAUUGAUUAGUAGGGUAAAGCUCAAUAGCUCUGCUAUAGUAAUAGAUAGCAAUAAAAGUUAAUAACAAAACGUUUAGCCACCUUUGAGCUACACAUUACAACAUUAGUUAGAAUGUUACAGGGUGUUCGAUAACACAGUGGCAGACCUAACUUAUGUUUUUUUAAAUGGAACACCCUAUGUUUUAUUUUAUAUUCGAAAUCCUGUUAACUUCUCCAUCACAAAAAUAUAAAGGUUUGUAAUGUUAUACAGGGUAUUUACAAAGUUAUAACCAAUUUUGUAUGAAAAUCGUAACAAGUUCAACUCCCUGUAUAAAUAAAAAUAAGCACAACAGCAAUGGUUUAUUAAUGCCAUAUUUUUUAUUUAUUGUCAAAAUUUUUAAGAAUUAUUGAUAUUGCUAAUUUUCUUUACAUCAAAUACAGGGCGAGUCAAAACGCAAGUACAUUAUUUUCUCAGUAAUGUUAAAUGGAACACCCUGUAUUUUAUAUCAUUAUUGAAAAGUAACAUUAACGUACUUUAAUUUUUAUAUAACAUUCCCUAUGCCCAAAUUUAUUAGUUUUCGAGAUAUUUUCAUUUUUCAGAGCAAAUUAUUUUAGAUGUUUAAAUUUACCUAAAUUUUAAGUAAGCCAUGACUGAAUUGACAAUUGAAGAUUACCGAUUAUCAAUCCGGUAAUCAAUGUAACACUGUAGCAAAUAAAGAAAUAAAAAUAGUUUAUUAGUAAUACAUUUUACAAACAAAAACACAACCACUGCAUGCAACACUUUUGAAACAAUUAAAAACUAUCUUUUUAUGUAAAUGCAACAAAUAAACAAAGAAAAUUAGUAAUAAAUUUUACAAAAAAAAAACACAAACACAAAAUACAAUAUUUUGUGAAAACAGUUAAACACUACUUUUGUAUGUAAAUGUAACAAUGUAACAAAUAAAGAACGAAACAUAAUUUAUCAGUAAUACAUUUUGCAAAAAACAUGUUUGAAAAACUUAGAAGCUACUUUUAAUAAAAUAUUUUUAAUAUUUAAUUACAUAAGGUGUUCAAAAUUAUCUCCUAACACAUUUAUGUACGCCUAAAAACGAUCAUUGAAUGAGCUACUUACUCUACGGAGCAUUUGUAAAUUAACACAUCGAAAUACACUUUGUAUUCUAUUUUCCAUCUCAUCCCUUGUUGUUGGAGGUAUUUUAUAAACUUCAUUAUUAACGUAACCCCAAAAAAAUCAGUCCAGUUUAUUAAAUUCUGGUGAUUUGGGUGGCCACGCUACUGGUCCAUUGCAAAAUGAAAAUAUCUCGAAAACUAAUAAAUUUAGACAUAGGGAAUGUUAUCUAAAAAUUAAAGUACGGUAAUAGUACUUUUCAAUAGUGAUAUAAAAUACAGGGUGUUCCAUUUAAAAUUACUGAGAAAAUAAUGUACUUGUGUUUUGACUCACCCUGUAUUUGAUAUAAAGAAAAUUAGCAAUAUCGACCAUUCUUGAAAAUUUUGACAAUACGUUAAAAAAUAUGGCAUUAAUAAACCAUUGUUGUUUUGCUUAUUUUUAUUUAUACAGGGAGUUAAACUUGUUACGAUUUUCAUAUAAAAUUGUUUAUAACUUUGUAAAUACCCUGUAUAACAUAACAAACCUUUAUAUUUUUUUGUGAUAGAGAAGUUAUUUCGAAUUUAAAAUAAAAUAUAGGGUGUUCCAUUAAAAAAAAAACAUAAGUUUGGUCUGCCACUGUGUUAUCGAACACCCUGUAACAUUCUAACUAAUUUUGUAAUGUGAAGCUCAAAGGUGGCUAAAAUUUUUGUUAUUAACUUUUAUUGCUAUCUAUUACUAUAGCGGAGCUAUUGAGCUUUACCCUUCCCUACUAAUCAAUCACCCUGUGUACCAGUUCAUACACCAGUAAUGCCUGGUUGCACCAACAGAUCUUAAUCUCCAGCUUAGCUAAGCUCUGCUUAUACUUUAAUACUGUGGCACACUAGCAUCUAAUACCGUUAAUUAUUAAUUACCGAUAAUUAAAGGCAUUAGACGCUAGUGUGGCACCAGCAUAAUGAUUUACAUUUAUAUUUAAGCUUACGGUACGUCUUAAGCUUAAUAUCUGUUGGUGCAACCAGGCAUAAGUUAUACCCGAAAAUUUCAGGGGGGUUAGUUUUGUAAUUUUCAAAAUGUAUUUUAUCACCUUCUUCAGGAUGUUGCUGGACUAAGAGAAAUUGUUGAAAUUGACUUAUAAUAUAUACUUAGUAGCUUAGAUUUAUAAAUUGUAAAUAGUUCACAUGGAAAUUGUGAAACAUUUGUGCCUUUAUAAUCUAUAAAAAUUUGUUAAAAUUGUUAUAUUUAUAUGGUUUAACUACUUAUGUAUUUAAUAACGUUUUGUUCAUUUAUAAGUUGUUUUACAAAAAAGAAUUAAUCGUUUUUAUUUUUGUCUAUGACUGUGAUUUGGUUAAUAAAAAAAUUGUUUUUAAUAA